AGAAAACACUGCGCUAUCGGCUUCAGUAGGCUACAGUUGGCUGUUGUAUCGGUUCUACUACUAAUCUUGGUUAAGAUGUUGUCAUACAUUUAGCUCAGUUAUUCUGAAAUGCGUUUCUAUCAGCACAUAUAAAGCAUUCAAGUUCUCAGUCAGUCGUUCUUUCUACCGUGGUGUGUGUAUGAGCGGCGUUGCCGACAAGAGAAAUCCCGUGCUGGAUUGUUGCGGAGGGCUGAAUAACGUGGAUUACAGUAAGGUACACGAGUGGACAUGUCAGUAAUGGAGGCUGUUCUGAAGCACAUAGACGUCUAUGACCCCAGGUUCUGUGUUGCUGUCAUCGCCAUCAUCUUCAACCCUUUCUUCUGGAAUGUGGUGGCGCGUUGGGAGCAUCGUACGAGAGGUUUGACCAGACUGUUUGGGGGUCCCUAUCUGGCCUGCUACUGCCUAGGCACCCUCAUCAUCCUCCUCAAUGUCUACCGCAGCCACAGUAUGACAGUGGCGAUGAAGGCCCAGGCAAGGUGGGAGGUGAUGGCCAGCCCAGAGGUGUUCUACGCGGGGGCAGCUCUCAUGGCCCUGGGCUCUGUCUUGGUGGUCACCAGCUUCCUGGCUCUCGGAUUCACCGGGACCUUCCUGGGUGACUAUUUUGGGAUCCUGAUGGAAGAGAAAGUGAAAGGUUUCCCCUUCAAUGUAACUGAGAACCCUAUGUACUGGGGCAGCACUGCCAACUAUCUGGGACUCGCAUUCAUGUGCUCGAUGAUGACCAGCUGUCUGGUACCGCCAAAGCUUUGGGGGAGGAAUGCCAGUCCGGUGGGGUUGGUGCUGACAGCAGUGGUAGCCAUAUCAUACCAAGUGGCCAUCGUCUUUGAGGGACCUUUCACCGAGGAUAUCUAUCGACAGAGAGCACAGUGCUGCAAGCACAAAUAAAGAGGAAGGAUGAACUGUGUUUGUCCGAGGAUCAUACCUACAGAUCAGAGACUACCAGACUGACUACCAGGCCACACACCAUGUCAGCCUGCUACACAGAGCACGAGAGGUGGGCUAGAGAGAGAGAGAGAGAGAAGGGAUGGAGGGUGUUUUUGUAUUCUGGCAAAGAUCAAGUAUACAGUCUUCCUCCUGGCCCAAUUCCAAGAUAUUCUACUUCUCUUUAUAAAAACUUUGAUCCCUGCUUGCAGUAUUUUAAUAGCAAGUCAUAACAAUGCAAGGGCUGGAUCAAUCGUUUUCAGCUUUUAAAUAGAAUGCUCUGUAGUUUUCAUAUUUCACACUAUUUAGUCGUGUAGUUUUUAUCUCAAAAGCCAAUGACAAUCAUUCCAUAAUAUCUUCUGCAUGGCUAUGUUUGCAGAGUCCCAUGUAUCUUAAUGAAACUGUAAAUACAGAUCUGAUCCCAUAACUACCUGAACUGUUGUUUCAUUACCUGUCUGUCUGUCUGUCUGUCUUGUGUUCUGUGU